AAUCACUCGAUUACGAAACAAGAUUGUGAACACUCGUUCGUGACUUGGUUAUCCAAAGAAAGCAAGUUUAUGACUGGUCCGGGAUACAUAGACUUUCUCGAAUCCAACGCUUUCGUUUCAACGUGUAGAUUUAAAGCCAUCCAAUGGUUCAUUCAUUCGCAAAGGAGGUUUAAUUUCUGUAUGGGAACCGUGUUUAAGGCAGUAAAUUAUGUUGAUCGGUUUAUCGAGACUAAUCAAUGCAAUGGUUGGAGUUAUUGGAUGAUGGAGUUGCUUUCUUUGGCGUCUUUAUCAAUUGCUAUCAAAUUUGGUGAAACUUGUCCCCCCUCAUUGCAUGAAAUUCAGGAUGGAUUAGAGUCUUGUUUUGAAGCAAGUUUGAUCCAAAAAAUGGAAUUGAAGAUAUUGAGGUCUUUAGGAUGGGAACUUAAUUCCAUCACCCCUCAUUCGUAUGUCGAAUUGAUCACUUGGGAAUUGAGUUCCGUUAUGAGGCCAUUCGUUGUCGAUAAUUUAAGCUCAAGGCUUAAUGAUGUGCUUCUUGCAUCUUCACUCGAUGUUAAAUCACUUGUAUACCGACCAUCUGUUGUUGCCAUGAGCGGACUUAAAUGCGUUCUUGAAGAUGAAGAAUGUCUCUCUUACAUCACUACCUUCAUUCCACAAGAUCAACAAUUAGAGAAUCUACAAUCAUGCUAUGAGUUGAUGCAAGAAAUCUUGGUUAGGUGUCGUAAACAACCGGACGCAAACGGGAACCCUUCGAGUCCCGAUACAGUAUUAAUCAAGGAACAAGUUGCUAUAUACGAGGAACAGGUUGAUCUAUCUUUCAUAGAUGGACCUAAUACAUUAAUGUUGUUGACGAAUGGUCUCAAGAGGAAGAGGGGAGAAGAUGGUCAUGAUCACUGUGUUACAAAAUUCAACAAAUGUGUAAAUUAAUACUCCAGUAAAAAAUCGGUAUAGAUAUUUUUUCAUAUCGAUUAUAUAUAGAUAUAGAUACUAAUAUAUAAUAAAAACAAGAUAUGGCCGCGCCGGGGGUGAUAGGCGAUGCUAGAAAGUACGGGGUAGAGCCCAUGUAUGUUACAUAUAUAUGUAUGAUGAAAUCGAUCAUGCAAACAGGGAAUUGAAUGUAAUGGCAUGAAUAUACAUACUCAUGAUCCACAUAUAUA